GCCAUGAGAAGUGUAGACUUUCAUACUCUGUCAGUGGAACGUAUACUCAGCAUUUUGCGAUGAAUGCACCAAAUAACAAUGUCGUAGCUGCAAGGGAUGAGGUUCCUGAUUUCCAUUACGCGGAUAAUUGCUUCAUUUGUGGUUUGAGUAUAAUAAAAGAUGCGAAAACAAAAAUCUGUACAGUCACACAAAAAGAGACGCGUGAUAACUUGAUUGCAAUGGGAAAGGAAAGAAAUGACUCUUUGGGAAUUAGCGUUGUUGAAAGAUUAGAGAACAUUUCUUGCUUAAUUCGCGUACAAGGCAGAUACCACCGGACAUGCAUGUCUCAUUUCAAUGCGUAUGGUUUAAAAAAAAAUAUCGAUGAUCUAAACUGGUCUAGAAUCGAUUCAUUGUUAGAACCUGUGUGGCAAGUUCUUGAAGAAGACAAAAAUGUUAUUCAUUAUUUGUCGAAGUUAGUAGAACUUGUGGAUGAUGACUCUAUAGAUAGAAGGACUGUAGCAGAUCACAUUAAAAAACGUUACGGUGAGGAAGUUGAGUGCAGUAUAAUGGGGGAAAAGAUAUACGUGUAUGCUUCAAAAGUCAUCAUGAUUUUAAUAUGCUUCAGGCCUCAAAUAUAAUGCACAGAGAGAUUCGUAGCAAGCAAUUUGUAAGCGAUAAGUACCCACCGUCCAAUCAAUUUGUAAGCGAUCUUUCCUCCGAUUAUCCACCCCACUUUUCGUUCUUUAUUGAGCACUUUCUCCUUAUCGCUGAAGAAGAGGAAGAUCAAAAAGCAAAGUCUGUGAAGCGAGACAUGAUAUCUCAAUGCAUACUUUCAUUCAUUCAGCCACGUACGUUUUUGUCCACCCUCCACUUGUCGAUUGGGACACUGAUUCUGAGAAAAACAGGUUCCAAGUACAUCAUAAAUCUUCUGCAUGCAUUAGGCGUUUGCACUUCUUACUACAAUAUUGAAUUGUAUGAGGCUUCAACAAUAGUGAAUCCACCCAGAUUGAUAAUCGAAAAACCUUUCGUAC